AAUAUUUUGAGUAUCUUCUAUUUCACUUGUGAAGAAUUAUUUGAGAAAGGGUAGUAAGGGGACAUUAACAGAAGGGAAUUUGUUAAGCUGUUACUAGUAGAAAAGCGAGGGGACCUUGGAUGUCAACACCUAACAGACUCUUGAGACCAGUCCCCAAGCCCGGAAAAGUGCCUUUUUUCUUGCGUGGCCUCUACGUCCCUCCCGAUGGAAGCAGAAGCGGGGAACAGCAUGGAGACUGAAAAGACGGCAAGCCGGGGCACGCGCAUAGCCCUGGCUGUGUUCGUCGGGGGCACCCUGGUGCUGGGCACCGUUCUCUUUCUGGUGAGCCAAGGUUUCUUAAGUCUCCAAGCCAAACAGGAAUAUUGCCUGAAGCCAGAGUGCAUCGAAGCUGCUGCUGCCAUCUUGAGUAAAGUAAAUCUGUCUGUGAACCCUUGUGAUAAUUUCUUCCGAUUUGCUUGUGAUGGUUGGAUAGACAAUAAUCCAAUUCCUGAAGAUAUGCCAAGCUAUGGAGUUUAUCCUUGGCUGAGACACAAUGUCGACCUCAAGUUGAAGGCACUUUUGGAGAAAUCAAUCAGUAGAAGGCGGGACACUGAAGCCAUCCAGAAAGCCAAAGUCCUUUAUUCCUCUUGCAUGAAUGAGAAAGCGAUAGAAAAAGCAGACGCCAAGCCGCUGCUCCACAUUCUUCGGCAUUCACCCUUCCGCUGGCCUGUGCUGGAAUCUAACAUUGGCCCUGAAGGGGUUUGGUCAGAGAGAAAGUUCAGCCUUCUGCAGACACUCGCCACAUUUCGUGGUCAGUACAGCAAUUCUGUGUUCAUCCGUUUGUACGUGUCCCCUGAUGACAAGGUGUCCAAGGAACACAUCUUGAAGUUGGACCAAGCCACACUCUCCCUGGCUGUGAGGGAAGACUACCUUGAAAACAGCACGGAAGCCAAGUCCUAUCGGGAUGCCCUUUACAAGUUCAUGGUGGAUACUGCCGUGCUUUUGGGAGCGAACAGAUCCCGAGCAGAGCAUGACAUGAAGUCAGUGCUGAAACUGGAGAUUAAGGUGGCUGAGAUAAUGAUUCCACAUGAAAACCGAACCAGUGAGGCCAUGUACAACAAAAUGAACAUUUCUCAACUGAAUGCUAUGGUUCCCCAGUUUGACUGGCUGGGCUACAUUAAGAAGGUCAUCGAUGUCAGACUCUAUCCCAACCUGAAGGACCUCGACCUCUCGGAGAAUGUGGUGGUCCGUGUCCCACAGUACUUUAAGGACCUGUUUAGGAUAUUAGGUGCGGAGAGAAAGAAGACCAUUGCCAACUACUUGGUGUGGAGGAUGGUUUAUUCCAGAAUCCCAAACCUUAGCAGGCGCUUUCAAUAUAGGUGGCUGGAAUUCUCGCGGGUAAUCCAAGGGACCACAACUCUGUUGCCUCAGUGGGACAAAUGUGUGAACUUUAUCGAAAGCGCCCUCCCUUAUGUUGCUGGAAAAAUGUUUGUGGAUGUGCACUUCCAGGAAGAUAAGAAAGUGAUGAUGGAGGAACUGAUCGAGGGUGUUCGCUGGGCCUUUAUCGACAUGCUGGAGAAAGAAAAUGAAUGGAUGGAUGCAAGGACAAAAAAUAAAGCCAAAGAAAAGGCGAGAGCUGUUUUAGCAAAAGUUGGCUAUCCUGACUUUAUACUGAAUGAUACUCAUAUUAAUGAAGACCUUAAGGCAAUGAAGUUUUCCGAAUCCGACUACUUUGGCAACGUCCUGCAAACCCGCAAGUAUUUAGCGCAGUCGGAUUUCUUCUGGCUGAGAAAAGCUGUUCCUAAAACAGAGUGGUUUACAAACCCGACAACCGUCAACGCCUUCUACAGUGCCACCACCAACCAGAUCCGGUUUCCAGCAGGAGAGCUCCAGAAGCCUUUCUUUUGGGGAACAGAGUAUCCUCGAUCUCUGAGUUAUGGUGCUAUAGGAGUAAUUGUUGGACAUGAAUUUACACAUGGAUUUGACAAUAAUGGUAGGAAAUACGAUAAAAAUGGCAACCUGGAUCCGUGGUGGUCUGCUGACUCGGAGGAAAAGUUUAAAGAAAAAACGAAGUGCAUGGUUAACCAGUAUAGCAACUAUUACUGGAGGAAAGCUGGCUUAAAUGUGAAAGGGAAGAGGACCUUGGGAGAAAAUAUUGCCGAUAAUGGAGGACUACGGGAAGCUUUUAGGGCUUAUCGGAAGUGGGUGGAUGACAAGAGGCAGGGAGUUGAGGAGCUUCUCCUGCCAGGCAUCAAAUUCACCAACAACCAGCUCUUCUUCCUGAGCUACGCUCACGUGAGGUGCAAUUCCUACAGACCAGAAGCGGCCCGAGAACAAGUCCAAAUUGGUGCUCACAGCCCACCUCAGUUUAGGGUCAAUGGUGCAAUUAGCAACUUUGAAGAGUUCCAGAAAGCUUUCAACUGCCCGGCCAAUUCCACAAUGAACCGAGGCACGGACUCUUGUCGACUGUGGUAGCCAGACCACUGCUUUCU